GAGAGAGCACGCUGCGUCGUCCGUAGUCGGUACGAGAUUGGAAACGUGGAACGGGCGCGAGAAUUCUUCGUAGUUUUUUUCCGGCGUGAGGGACAAAGGCAGUAGCGGCGGUGGCUCGAUUGACGAAGUGGCUCGACACGAAGGUGGUGACAGAUAGUAAGCGCGAGCAGACACGAGGGCGUUCGCGGGGCUGCGGCGCGGGCAGGCGCGGGCGGCAGUGGCGGUCGAAAGAACAGGGAGCGAAGGAACGGAACGGCGGGGAGAGGAGAGUGGUGGGGGCGACGUGUGUGCGCUGGCGGUGGCAGUGUGUGAGGUUGGUCGGAGCGUGUCUGUGGCUGGGUAUUCGUUCCGGAGUGCUGGAGUCGUCGCCGUCGGCGCCGAGGUGCAUUCCGAGAAGGUUCGGCGAGCCGUGUGCGCGGCACGGGCGUGAGAAGCGGCGAGCAAAGGAGAGACAGAGAGGGAGGGAGGGAGGGAGAGAGCGUGAGAGAUAGAGGGAGUAAAAAGAGGGAAGGGUGAGAGCGAAAGAGAACGAGAGAGAAACAGAGUGAGUGUGGGGACACAAUCAGGGGAAAUAAUCGACGGCACAUAAUCCGACGACCCCGUGAACACGUCCGUCAAGUCCUCCGAUGUCUAGUGCUGAGGUGGCGGAGAGCUCCGUUGAUCCCCCAGCCAAGAAGCGACGCGUUGGUGCUGCCAGCACGACGGGAGGAGCCGACGACGAGCUGACGACGACGAACGUGGCGGAGAUGGACGUAGACAUGGCGAAGAACGGCUCCACGAGCAGCAGCGGCAGCAGCGCCGGCGGCCGGGCGCCCGCCGAGAUCGACGAGGGUCUGUAUUCGCGGCAGCUCUACGUCCUAGGACACGACGCCAUGCGCCGCAUGGCGUCCUCGGACGUACUCAUCUCCGGCCUCGGCGGUCUUGGUGUAGAGAUCGCCAAGAACGUCAUCCUCGGCGGCGUCAAGUCCGUCACGCUGCACGACCACGCCGUGUGCAAGCUGGCCGAUCUGGGCUCGCAGUUUUAUCUCACCGAGGCGGACGUAGGUAAGAAUCGUGCGGCGGCGUGUUGUCAACGGCUGUCAGAGUUGAACAAUUACGUGCCUACUCGUCACUAUUCUGGUCCGCUGACUGAGGCGUACAUCCAACAGUUCAAGGUAGUGGUGUUGACGGAGACACCGCUGGCUGAACAAUUGCGUAUCUCGCAGAUUACUCAUGCCAACGACAUUGCCCUGAUACUCGCCGACACCCGCGGCCUCUUCUCGCAGGUAUUCUGCGACUUUGGCAAGACGUUUACAGUGGUGGACACGAAUGGCGAGCCACCGGUGAAUGCGAUGAUCGCCAGCAUCUCUCACGAUAGCGAGGGCGUCGUCACGUGUCUCGAUGACACUCGUCAUGGCAUGGAGGACGGCGACUACGUGACAUUUUCCGAGGUGCAGGGCAUGACUGAGCUGAAUGGGUGCGAGCCGAUCAAGAUCAAAGUGUUGGGGCCAUACACUUUCAGCAUUGGCGACACUUCCAGGUUCUCCGAGUAUGUUCGUGGUGGUAUCGUGACCCAGGUGAAGAUGCCCAAAACCUUGCACUUCGAUCCAUUGAAAACGGCCCUGAAUGAACCUAAGUUUCUCGUCACGGAUUUCGGCAAAUUUGACUAUCCGCAACAACUUCAUUUGGCCUUUAUAACGCUGCAUCAGUACGUGACCGAGAGGGGCACUUUGCCGCGACCAUGGAACCAGUCAGAUGCCGGUGAAUUUAUCGCCAUUGCCGAACAGGUCAAGAGCGCCUAUGGUUUUGGAGAUAUGGAGAUCAAUGACGAGUUACUGCGCACGUUUGCUAAGGUGGCUGCUGGCGAUUUGAAUCCUAUGAACGCUACGAUCGGUGGUAUCGUUGCCCAAGAAGUGAUGAAAGCCUGCUCCGGCAAGUUCCAUCCUAUCUAUCAAUGGUUGUACUUCGAUGCCAUCGAAUGUCUGCCCGCUGACCGCUCAGAGCUCACCGAGGAGGAUUGCUGUGCCACGGGAUCUCGUUAUGAUUCUCAGGUGGCUGUUUUCGGCAAGAAUUUCCAAUCCAAGAUCGGCAACUUGAAGUACUUUGUGGUCGGUGCUGGCGCAAUCGGUUGUGAAUUAUUGAAGAAUUUUGCAAUGAUCGGCGUUGGCGCGGAGAAUGGUUGUGUCACAGUGACAGAUAUGGACUUGAUCGAAAAAUCCAAUUUGAAUCGACAGUUUCUCUUCAGACCGUCGGACGUGCAGCAAUCUAAAUCGUCGACGGCGGCCAGAGUCGUCAAGGGCAUGAAUCCCGACAUGAAUGUAAUUGCACACGAGAAUCGAGUGUGCCCGGAAACGGAGAAGACCUAUAACGAUUAUUUCUUCGAGGUGCUGGACGGCGUGGCAAACGCGCUCGACAACGUAAACGCUCGUAUUUAUAUGGAUCGUCGUUGCGUAUACUAUCGUAAACCCCUACUAGAAUCCGGUACGCUUGGCACUAAGGGCAACACCCAGGUAGUGGUGCCGUUCCUCACUGAAUCAUACAGUUCGUCGCAGGACCCACCGGAGAAGAGCAUUCCCAUCUGUACUCUCAAAAAUUUCCCCAAUGCCAUCGAACAUACUUUACAAUGGGCACGCGACAACUUCGAAGGCUUGUUCCGUCAGUCAGCAGAAAACGCGGCGCAGUACAUUUCCGACCCACAGUUUGUCGAGCGGACGCUCAAGUUGCCCGGUGUGCAGCCCCUCGAGGUGUUGGAGUCCGUCAAGACGGCGCUAGUCGAUGAGAGACCGAGCAACUUCGCUGAUUGCGUGGCAUGGGCUCGCUGCCACUGGCAGGAACAAUAUAGCAAUCAAAUUCGUCAGCUGUUAUUCAACUUUCCGCCCGAGCAAGUGACUUCGAGCGGUCAGCCCUUCUGGUCCGGCCCAAAACGCUGUCCAGAGCCAUUAGUCUUUGAUGUUAAUGACCCCCUACAUAUAGAUUACAUUGUUGCCGGUGCCAAUCUCAAGGCCAAAGUUUAUGGAAUACCUACGAAUCGCGAUAGAGAAGAGGUCGCCAGGAUUCUUGCUACUGUCAAAGUACCAGACUUCACACCAAAAUCUGGCGUAAAAAUCGCCGAAACAGACUCACAGGUACAAGUGUCGAAUGGUAGCGGCAACAUCGAUCACGAACGAUUGACGCAGCUACAGGAGGAACUGCCGAAGAUGGAGGAGCUGAACGGCCUGACAAUUCACCCGCAAGAAUUCGAAAAGGACGACGACACUAACUUCCACAUAGAUUUCAUUGUCGCCGCGUCAAAUUUGCGUGCCACCAACUAUAAAAUCUCGCCGGCGGAUCGGCAUAAGAGUAAACUGAUCGCCGGUAAGAUCAUCCCGGCGAUCGCCACUACCACCUCGGUAGUGGCCGGCCUCGUCUGCCUGGAACUGUACAAGUUGACGCGUGGUGUGCGCGACUUGUCGCUGUACAAGAACGGCUUUGUGAAUCUGGCGCUACCGUUCUUCGGUUUCAGCGAACCGAUCGCUGCCCCCAAGCUCAAGUACUAUGACAUCGAGUGGACGUUGUGGGACCGUUUUGAAGUAAAAGGCGAGUUGACGCUAAAGGAGUUCCUCGAUUAUUUCAAAGAACACCACAAUUUGGAAGUGACAAUGUUAUCACAAGGUAUCUGCAUGCUGUACUCAUUCUUCAUGGCAAAGCCCAAGUGCCAGGAACGUAUGGGCCUGCUCAUGUCGGAAGUGGUGAAGAAGGUGUCGAAGAAGAAGCUCGAGCCGCAUGUGCGCGCUCUCGUGUUCGAAUUGUGUUGCAACGACGAGGACGGGAACGACGUCGAGGUGCCGUACGUGCGCUACACCCUACCCUGACUCGUUCGUGCGGCUCCCGAUCGCGUCAGAUGAUGUCUACUUAACUGAGACAUUUAGCCGUACAUAGUGAUUUCUACAAAUUUCUAUUUUACGACGAUGUAAUACAUACAGGAGACAUUAUUGCUGCUGAUUCUCGUCUAUGAAUGUCUGUGUGAGGCACUCUUUCUUUCUAUAUACAGAUUUCUCCUCUUUUACUUUUUUUUUCUGUCAGAUAUGCGAGAAUUCUCACGCGUUACUACCGCCAGCGCUUAGUAGUAGUGAUUUUGAACAGCGAAUGCGCCAGAGCGAGAUUAGAUUCUUCGUUUUAUUUAGGGAAUGAAAUUCGCAAACGAAUUUGACCUCCUGUCCUUCACGAUCGUCGGAUUAUGAUAUCAGAAGCGUAAAAUUGCACGAAUACUCUUAUUAUUUGAAUUGCCGUUCUUUCGCUUAAGAACAAGCAUCGAAUAUCCAAUUUUCUUAUUUUCUAUGAAACAUUUUAUGAUUUUUUUUACGAAUAUAACGAAUGUAAUAUCUACAAUAAAGAAUAUAAUAAAAAGAAAUAAAUUAAUGACGUAUCAUGUACUUGUUAUUUAAAUCAAAUAAAUUAAUGGGUUAUAAAGAUACUCAUUAAUAUAUUUAACUAGAUUCUAAAAAAAUGAUCUAUGUGUAUGCAUACAAAUUUCUUACUCUCUUCGAAUUUACAUCUUAACAUAUAACGAAAAUAGAUCGGUUCUUAUUUCUCUGAUGUCAUAAUCCGAUAUACACGAUUCCAAUGGGCGAAUUUGCGGAGUCUCGACUGUUGGCUAAAUUUAAUUUCUCAUCCUUCGCUCGGUUAUAUUUUGAUCAGUUUGCUCGCGAUGCGCCCCAACGCGAUUGUGAUUCAAUUGAGGGAAAAAAAAGAAGAAAAAAAAAUAGAAGGCAAAUGCUAGAUUUCUACGAGGAGAAAGAGGAGGAGGAUAUCUUUGAUGGGACUGUGUGACUCUUUUUUUCGACUCUGCAAACGUGCGUGCCGCUUUGUCUUUGUAAAAAUCUCAUGCAAAUCAAAUUGGAGAAAAAUGAAUCUUAUUUUAUUUCUUCUGAGGUUUCUUUCAGUCCGUUGUAUUAUCAAACUUAGUCUCAUUAGAAAGAUACUAUUGAAUAAUCAGCCUCGGAUUGUUAAUGAACACACAAUAUGUCUCAUUUUUUUUCUCUUCCUCUUUUCUUCCUUUUUUUCUUUGUUUUCUAAGCAGAUAAUCAUCUCAACAGGAACGAGGAAGUAACCGCGUGACCAGGUCCUUGAAUAUAGUAUUUCUUUUCUCGUCUACUUUUUUCCUAACGUUUUCACAAGAGUCUGUAUGCAUUAAGGGCUUAUAUAGUUAUAGAUCUUACAUUACCAAAUACGCUUUUUCCCUUUAGAUAGAAGGAGACAGUUAAUGUGUUGUUUCUUCUAUCUUUAUUUUUUCUGAAAGUGUUACAAAGUGCAGACGGAAACAUAAGGACACAGUUUUUAUUAAAUCUUGAUUUUAGUCAGAAGGCGUAUCUAGUAAUAUAAGAUCUUUAUACAUAGUCGAUUCAGUUACAUCGUUCACCUGAUUUAUCUGCUUUGCAACGUCUUUCUCGAAUAAUAAUGAUAAUAUAAUAAUAAUACAGUAGUACUAGUAAUAAUAAUAAUAAUUAUAAUUAUAAUAAUGGAUAAACUAUUGGCUAAGGCUGGUUGUUGUUACGACGUAUACACUGCAUUUAAAUUUAUAAAAAGAUGUCUUUGGAAGAAAGAGAAGCUUCUUUAAAAACAGAAAGCAAAAAGAAAAUAAAAAAUAAGGACACUUUAGACCAAGGGAGAUAACAAACAUAAAAGGAAAGAUAUUUUGUUAAUUUUAGGAUAUAAUGGCGAUAUUUAUUAUAUAUAAAUAUAUAUAAAUAUAUCAAUUCAUCGAUAGCAAAUAGAUGUGUUUGGAUUUCAAGAAGUAAUGAAAUAAUAAUGAAAAUAAAAUGGCAAGUGCACGCCUC